GCAACCACACCGCUUUUCCAUCUGGAGAAGUGCCUUUGGAGAACCGUACCGGACUGAAACACCGUCAUGCCAUAUCUGUAUAUCGAAACGGCGAGGGAGAGGCUCUGCCGAGGCAGCAGGCUGUUGCUGAGCGGCCUGUGUAACGGCACUCUGGUGCCUAGUGCACUGAGGGCUGUCCGAGACAAAAAUCAUCACCAGACGGUGAAGGUCGUUUUUCCCGAACAAUCGGCCGACGCUGUCAUCUACGUCACGGUGGUUGUAAUAUUCUAUGCUGCCAUCAUUCUCAUCUUGGUGGGGACGAAUAUUCAUCGGUUCCGACGACCAGGUGUUCCACCGAUCCCUACCCCCAUCGAGGGUCAACAGUCCCAGUCCAAUGUGCCGAAUGCGAAUAUGCAACAGGUGCUCGUCAGACUGGAUCAUAGAGAAAGAGCUUAUCCUGUAUCAACAACACAAGAAGAAUUAAAUCACGACAUGGAAAAUCAAGAGACAGAUGGCGCUCCUGUCUGAAUGAGCUGUAAUCUUACAUUUUACAAAUUCAUAUCAUGUUGCUGAGUGACAUUAACGAGAAGUGCUUCCAGCAGCCCAAACUGAACAGUGGCUCUUUCUUAUUUCUGACAAAGACAUUUACAGAAAAAUAAGUGGUCCAUACAAUGAGAUUAAUAUUUUCAAGAUUUCUUCCCUUUCAGUGUUUUUAAAUGUUGAUACAUGGAUGUAUAUUGUAAGAAAAAUAAUGUAAAUAUUUCCAAUUAUGUUGUUGAAAAUGGAAUAAAGAUUUUUGAAAAACAAAUUAAACUACUUUGGAAUUUUAAAUUGCAAAACAAAUAGGUAUGGUGAAUAAAUUCGUAAUUGAUUUACUGCCCAUUAAUAUGUUUUGAUAUAUAAUAAAGUGAAGCGACUAUG